GCUGGCGGCACCACUUCCGAGCACAACGCCCUCGGGGUUGCCAAACUCCAGGCGGGGCCAAGAGAUGCCCCGGACUUGCCAGGGAGGACCCCAGCCGCAAAAGGGGUGGAGGCGGCCGGACCAUCCCCCAGCGGCGUGACCCCCACCCUUCCUCCGGAAAAUUCUUCCUCCCAAAGGACCUGUCCGUGGCUCCACAGAUCCUGAUGAGGCUGUUGAUCGGUCCUGCUGUUGGGGAGAAAAAAAUUGGAGCCCUGACCUUGCCUUGUUGGCCCAGAGGAGCUUCUGCGGAAGCGGCAAGUGGAAGACACUGUCCUCAGUGCACCUGGAAACCUCUGCCUGGGGUGGGAUUUGCCUGCCAUGUCCGUUAUGGUGGAAGCUGGGGAUGACCAGUCAGAGCCAAUGACAUCUGAGAGCAUCAUUAUCAACACGCAGCAGGUGAUGAAGGGCUUGGAGGCUCUGCGGAGUGAGAACAGGAGCAUCUACCAGCGACUCCAGGAGGCUUUGCUGAAGGAACGGCAGCUCAGGAGUGAGAGGGAGGAGGCAGCCGUAGCGGUCAUGGACACGGAGUCCCUGAAUUUGCAGGCUUUGGAGCUGCUGGAGGAGAAACACAACCUGGUCUGGAAGAGCCUGGAGGGGAUUGAACUGGGCAUUGCGGAAGCUCAGGUACUGGCAGAGUGGAAGCUGCUUGCAAUAAGAAACUGCAACUAUUGGCCAAGCUGCGGUGAUGUCACAGGGCGUGCACAGGCUUUCCGGCUACUCAGGGGCAGGCCACGAUGUGAUGCUGAUUGCCUUGUCUUCACACAUCGAAGCCCUGGAGGCCGAGAAGCAGAAGCUGCAGACCCAGGUCAAGCGGCUCUGCCAGGAGAACAUCUGGCUCCGGGAAGAGCAGGCUGCCACCCAACAGCGGCUGCAGCACAGCGAGGCAACCGUGGCCCAGCUGGAGGAAGAGAAGAAGCACUUGGAAUUCCUGAACCAGCUCCAGCAGUUCCAGCCCAGAGCGGGCCAGGGAGGCAGAGUGCAGGCGUAGCAGCUCAGCAAGGUGGUUAUGAGAUCCCUGCUCGCCUCAGGACACUCCACAACUUGGUCAUCCAGUAUGCUUCUCAGGGGCGCUAUGAGGUGGCCGUGCCCCUCUGCAAGCAGGCGCUAGAAGACCUGGAGAGGAGCUCUGGACACAGCCACCCAGAUGUUGCCACCAUGCUGAACAUAUUGGCCCUGGUGUAUCGAGACCAAAACAAGUACAAGGAAGCAACAGACCUACUGAACGAUGCCCUCGACAUUCGGGAACAGACCUUGGGAGUGGAGCACCCUGCGGUAGCCGCCACUCUCAACAACCUGUCAGUGCUGUAUGGCAAGCGCGGGAGAUACACAGAGGCAGAACCAUUAUGCAAACGGGCCUUGGAGAUCCGCGAAAAGGUGCUGGGCAUGGAUCAUCCAGAUGUGGCCAAGCAGCUGAACAACCUGGCACUCUUGUGCCAGAACCAGGGCAAAUUCGAGGAAGUGGAGCAAUAUUACCAAAGGGCUCUGUCCAUCUACCAGACCCAACUGGGCCUCGACGACCCCAAUGUGGCCAAAACCAAGAACAACCUGGCUAACGCGUACGUGAAGCAAGGCAAGUACGAGCAGGCGGAGGAGCUGUACAAAGAGAUCCUGUUGUUGCACGACCUGGACCCAGCCAUCAGGCGGGGAGAUGAGGACAGAAGACAAGUGGGAAGAGAUCGCCAACCGGAGCUGGUAAGGACCUUGAGGGAAGCUGCUUUGGGGGUUGAGGGGGCUCUGGGCCACCUCAGACGCAGCAGUUCCUUCUCCCGGUUCCGAGAGUCGAUCAAACGUGGCAGUGAGAAACUCGUCUCCAAACUCAAAGGGGACAGGGUUCAACGCGGCCCCGUGGCCCCACCCUCAGGGUUGAAGCGGGCCACCUCCCUCAACGUCCUGCACGUGGGCGAAAGACCGGCUGCCGUGUCCCCCCCGCACCCUGGCCGGCCCCUGACCAACUCGCACAGCCUGAGCUCCAGUACCCAGAAUCUCCUGCAGAGCAGCUCCCCCUAGGAUGGGGUGGGCACUUCCCGGCCUUUGUCGUGCCACCAGGGGCUGGGCCGUGAUGGAAGUUCUCCUCCUCCUUUGCCUGCCCCACCUUCCCAACUGGCUUCAGAGGCACCGAGACCCCCAGCACAGCUCGGCUGUUGGCAUCCUCACUGGCUGGAUUGUGCCUUCGCAGAUGGCCGCUGUUUCUCAGGAGAGUGUGUUUGUGGGGGGGGGGGGAGAUACCCAGCAGAAGACUCCAUUGCCCUUCCAGCUGCCUGCAGCGCUGUGCAUUACUCUGCACUCUUCCCUCUGUCCACCCCCCCCCCCCAAUUCUUGGCUGCUGUUACUGUCCAAAGUCACUAUUUAUUCUAUUUAUGCAACUGGGAUUAUGCUGCUCCCCCAAUAAAGAUGGCUGGAAUUAG